AUGAGGUCACUGGGUCAGAACCCAACAGAAGCCGAAUGGCAGGAUAUGAUCAACGAGGUGGAUGCUGACAGAAAGGGCACGGUAGGCUUCCCAGAAUUUUUGACUGUGAUGGCUAGAAAAAUGAAAGAUACAGACAGUGAAGAAGAAAUUCAUGAGGCAUUCCGAGUCUUUGACAAGGAUGGCAAUGCUUAUGUCGGUGCGGCGGAGCUACGUCAUGUCAUGACCAACUUAGGAGAAAAACUAACAGAUGAAGAAGUAGAUGAAAUGAUCAGAUGGAACACUACAUCAAAAACUAAUGAUGUAAUGUAUGGUGAUUAA